AUGAUGAGCACACCAUAUUUGCUGCGAAUCUUGGUCCUUCAGAAUCCUCGGUGCUCUUUGGGCUGUUCAGGGCUCUGUUCAGCCUGUUUGUGGGCUCAACAAAACGGGAAGCUUUGUCAGCCGACGCUUGCACCUCGUGCCUUGGGAGAGUCGAGGUGCAAAAGUGAGUUGGAGGACUUGAAAGAGCAGCUCCAGGCAGCUUUGCUUGCUGCUCAGAAGGCAGAGAGCUCGGCAGAGGCUGCUAUGCUUGAGCGUCGCAACCUUCAGAUCGAAAGAGAGGAGCUUCGCGAUCACUUGGCUGGCUUGCCACCUUCGGCAGCACCCUCCAAGUGCUGCACGCUGCAGUGA